AUGAAAUGGGAUCAUACAAUAUUUUCUAAAUGCACAAAGAAUAUGAGGCUCAGAAAUUAAUUGAUACUAAUUGCUUCUGUCUAAACAAUCAUAAUUCUCUCAUAUGUUCUAGCAUUAAAUAUGGUUCAUCUUUCUCUACUUAGCGUAAACUUUUAAGAAACUUCAAACUAUUUGUACAAAGAAAAUUCAAACAGAAUUCAAUCAAAUACAAUAAAAUUAUAUAGAAGUUACUUUGACAAAGUCUUCUAUUUAAGUAAAAAGUAUAUUUCUACUUAGAUGGCAACACACUAAUCUCAUUUCAUAGAUUAUAUCACUUUACUAGAAAGCAAGUACUUCUUUAGAAUAAUCUUUAAAUAAAUGAGGCCUUCUAAAUGCCAUAUGGUGGUAUCAAUCAGAUUCCUGAUCCUUUGAGAAUAAUUAAAGGAUAUGGAAAUUCAGAUAUUUCAUAUUGCUUUAUGUGUUAUUCCAAUUUAAGCUCAUACAGUGAACCAAAGACCAUUGAUGAGUUGGUUGGUAUUAAAAUGCAAGAAUAGGUUUAAGCAUAUGGCUAGCUAAUAUAUUAAGGAAAAGAGAUCAACCAAUAUUUCUUUUAUUCUUAUAUUGUAAAGGAGAAAAUAACUUCGAUAUAUCCUUGUUUGAAUAGACAAUAAGGAAUUUAUAGCUACAAACCAGAGUAACGAGAUUGGUAUAUUGAGUUACAAAGGAACUAUGAUUAAACAUAAAAUUAUAAUUCAUACAAUUAUACUUUUACAAAUCCUUAUAUGUGUAAAAAAGUAUGCAUUAUUACUAGUAUUUACUGAAAAACGAAUUGGAUUAUCAACUGCGAUGCCUAUUGUGAAUGAAUAAGGUAAAUUGAUAGGUGGAUUGGGAUCAAUAUUCUUGGGAAAUGAUUUUGUUUAGGAAGUGGGUCAGAAAAAGUUUGGAUUCCAAAUAAUGUAUUUAAUUUCCAAUGAUGGAAUUAUGAUUAUGCAUCCAUAUCAAGUUUCAGCUGAUUAUCUACCUUUAUACAUAUACAAUUAGACAAUUACUGGAUUUAAUUUCACUGAUUGGAUAGAGAUAAGAAAGUAAAAUGGAUCUUCCUCUUGUCCAAAGUUUGAGAUAUUUAAUUCUCCAUUGUAAUGCCGAUUUAAUACUGUAUAUAAUCAAGAGAUGAUUAUCGGUAUUAGAGAAAUACCUCAGUUCAAGAUGAUUUUAAUAAUGUACAAUAAUUCUAAUAAGGUUAGGUUAUCCAGUAGUCAGGAGUACUUAGAGUUUUAUUAUACAUUUGAAAAAUAAUUGCAGGAUAACUUAUAAGAAACCUUAUCCCUAAAUAUGACUACAUUGUUUGGAUUGUUCAUAUUAGCAUGUAUCUUCAUAUACAUAAUGACUCAGAUUCUCUUUUUUCCCAUAUAUGUGGUUUAGGAUUACGCAGCAAAUUUAAUUUCAUAAAAGAAGAAAAAAGAAAAAACCAUUCCUUCCUUUAUUUUAAAAUGUAUGAGUAAGUAAGUAAGGAUAUUAUUCCAAUCUUUAACAUUUAUAGAAUAUAAAUUAUAAAAGCUAUCAUUUCGAAAGACUGAACAAUGUUCUUUUUUUGAGAGCAUUUAGUUUCCACAACAUAAUAUAUCAUUUCAUACUCAUCUAAAAUAGUAUUAGGAAUUUCUUCGGAAUAAUUGUGUAAAGAAAGUCAAUUUAUUUAAAAUGGAAAAAGAUAACAAUUUCAAAUGCAAUGAAUAGAAUAGCUUUCAUUUAUAGCAAAUUCUCUAACUUGUUAGAAAAGCUAAUUUGUAUUAAACUUGUUGA